GUGCAAUGAGAGCAGCACAAAGGCAGGCGGUGCACAGGGAGGGAAACUUGUGAUAUGUCACUGGGAGCAUGCCGUCCUGUAUCGUAAAUGGAUGUAACAGCUCCUGGAAGAUCAAAGAUCCUGACUUAGUUCUACAUUCUUUUCCAAGGGAUAUAGAUAUAAUUAAAAGAUGGCUGUUAGAGACACCGCAGGAGUUUGAAGACAUAGAUGCCUUGUCUCAAAAGAUUUUCCUUAGUGCAAAAGGAGCCUUUCGUAUCUGCUCAAAACACUUCAGUUUUGAGUGCUACGAAGUCAGAGGAACAACCCGAUGUUUAAAGAAAAAUGCAAUACCUACUAUAUUUCCAUCCGAAUUGUGCAUCAAUAAAACUUUGAAAUCUAAAAGUGUCAAAAAAGAUGAGAGGCCAAUGUGCAGCUUUGCAGGCAUUGAUAAUUUUGAUCAUUUAUAUGCUCGAUCACCGACUCUUUUAUGUUCUAGUACAAUAUCGGUGUCCAUUGCUUCUCCUUCUGAUGUGAUAGAUGUUGAUUCUGAACAAAGCUUACCAGAAGAAACUGCAGUGACGGUUAUAGAAUUACCAAUACAUCAGUCUUCUAGAGAACAUCGUAGCAGAGGAUUUAUAAGAAAAGGUACCGUCCGCACAAGUCAUACACGAUCCAUUGGUACUAUGACAGAUUAUUUCCCAGGCCAAGUUCAUAAGUCCACACAAACUGAUCCAGUUUUUGGCACAAAAAACAAGAAAGUAAUGGCCAAUAUUUCCAAGUCGACUAAAUCGCUUGGCAUUCAAUGUCAUGUGUUAGAAGAAGCAAUACGUGGCACACUCAUAAGCAGUAGAACCUCUGAAAGCAACCGUAACCAAGAGUCCCCAAAUGUUAAUUCAUCAAAAAACCCACAGGUAUGGAUUGCACCCAUACCUUCAAAAUCCAGGAGAGUUAUUUGCAGGCAGUUGGAAAGACAACAUCCUAUAUUUUAUAUGAUAUAGACGCUGUUUUCUUAAUGUCAAAGUGAACCAUUUGAGGACCACUAUUUUCAGCCUGUAUUAGAAGCCAUCUGUCAAGAUUUUCAUGCAGAUGGCCACAGGCUAACCAUGGAGGACUAUAGCAAAUGUCAGAGAAGUUCAGUUUAUAAGCUAGAUAAAAAGCAUGAGCUGAAAAGAGUCACACUUGUUAUGUAGACCUCCUCCCUAGCAUAGUAUUGGUACGUGUGUUGAUUGUUGUAGUCCAGGAUUUGACCAAUGUAACUUGAAUGCACACUAGCUCACAUUUGCAUCAUCUUUUUUAUUCAUUGUGGUCCUUCCUUUUCAUGAACACGUUGGAAAGUGUUAUUUGUGUUUUGCUUAUUACUUUCUUUGUGGGUUUACUAUGGUGCAAAAUAUUGACCCGUGACUAAGGAAAGAUUUCUAAUAAGCCCAUUUUAGCAAGAGUCUAAUCACAUGACUCAACUCCAUAUUUCCAGGACAUGCCAACACAAUGUAUACUUAAAGUAACCAAUUUUACAUCAGUGUCUCCAGGAUUAUCAAAAUAAUUCAAUAGAAGGAUGGCAUUUAUGGGAUAUUAGAAAAUAUUUAGGGCCAAGGUUUGUUGUGUUUGACAUUAUGCUAUUCUUUCAACAUACAGGACUUUUCUGUAGGGUAUGGACAUGUUCACUAUUUCAACCAUGUUUUCUUUAAUGAAAUGCAUCUUAAAGAGUUUUUCCAUAUGAUAAAAUGAUGGUAUAUUGCUAGCAUGUACCACCAUUUUAUGAUUGGUGGAGGCCCAACCUUUGGAAUCCUCACGAUCCUGAGAAUGAAGGUGAUAUCUAGCAGUGUGUAUCCUUCUAAGUGUAGAGGACACAGAGCUAAACCAGUGCUGUGACCCCUUCAUUCUUGUGACAAUCAUAAAGGGAUGGCAUGUCCAAAAGAGAUUCCAUCACUUCAUAAGAUGGGAAAUAAGAAAAAUGAAGCUUGUUGGUCAGCUGAUCACCUUUUAGGUGGACAUCAAAGUUAUUGUCUCCUGGCAGCACAUUGUCCUGUGUAAAUGGGGAUGUGCUGCCAGUAAUAAAAUUGUAUGGGAAGGAAAGCUCACAUUAACAAAUAACUUGGUAAUAUACAGUGAUGAUAACUGUUCAAUGUAAAUGGAGCUAAAUGAGUUUUCAUCGACUUGCUAUAAAAAAAUAUAAGAAAAGCUGGCAGUAUAAAUGGGCCCCUAAAGGGUGUAUUAGACAGCCUGAUUUAACAGACGAUUGACGGGAAGAAAACGUUCCUUCCCGGGAAUCGCCUACUCGCUAGCGGAGACCGCUGCUAUUAAAUGCUGCAAUCUCCUCCUCAGUGAUAAACGAUCACUCUUACCUAUCAUUGUUUUCCGGCAGCAGAUUGUGAUUAGACACCACGAUCUGCCUACAAACAAGUUUUUUUUUACCUGUCAAAAAAUUUGCAUUGCCUGAUGAACGAGCACCUUCAUCGGACAUUCGGCAGCAGUAUUAGACUGCCAGAUGGUCGCUAAUGAGCGUUACUAUGAACGUUAACAUCAGCAGGUAUAAUGCACCCUUUACUCCCCCUCCUUAUGAGCACUGCAGAUAUACCGGUGGUCGUAGCAGGAUAUGUGAGCUGCAGCUUUUGACAGAAAUCGCCAUAACUCUUGUCCACAGGAACAGCCACUGAGCAUCUAAUUUGCAUCUAAUCAGCCCAAAAACUUCUCCUUGUGCACAAAUAUAUAUCUAAAAAUAGUUUACAUGACAAAUUAGCAUAUACCCUUUAAAGGAGUAUCUCACACAUUGGUGGCAUAGGUGCGGGUCCCACCUCUAGGACCUAGACAUCCUCAUUUGCACUUCUAUGGGGGUGCCGAAAAUAGCCGAGCACUAGUGUGGCUAUUAACGGAAGUCCAGUAGCGGUGAAUGCAAAGGUGACCAUGGUUGUGCAGUGCACUCUCCACUCAUUUCCAGAAAAAAGCUGAGUGUGCUCUUUUCAGCACUCCCAUAGCAGUGAAUAAAGACACAGCAUUUACAUGGUGCACACUCCUUCACUAUAGGGGCACCAUUAUAGAGCUAUGUGCAAGUCUCACCUCUGAGAUCCGCACCUAUCUGACACUGGUAGCAUAUCCUAGCGAUGUGUGAGAUGGGCUAACCUCUUUAAGUGUGGACAUCUAUUAUAUGGCUAAAUAAAGCUCUGCUUUGGGUGCAGAUGCAGUCAGUUAGAUCCUGAUGGGAACCUGUGGAUAGAUGCACGGUAAUGUGGCCAAUUGGCUGAGAGGGUCAUGCAGCUAAUAGUCUGAUGCUAUUUAUGUAUAUCCGCCAGAAUAAAAGCCACGUAGUCCCUGGAGUCAGCUGAGAGACAGUUACUGCUUAGAAUACAACACAGACUGUUGAAAGUUUAUCUCAAUUGGAGUCUGGUGAACUGUUCAGAGGGUAGGUAGUACUUACCGCACCAUUUUAAUUGGGGCACCAAACUGAUGUCCAGUGACAUACUUCAGUUAGAUAUUUAUUACAUAUUGCUAGAACACCUAUUCCAUCAAAAGUUUUGGAAAGAUUGGCUGCAAAAUGUGAAAAACUGUUGUACUGUAAAGAAACGGACAAUGCAAAUGUUAUUUUUGUUGGCAAAGUAUUUUUUUCUUUAUAGUUGCUCAAGUUAAGUAAAUAAA